ACUCUCUAUACGUCAACAUGAGAUAGGCUCUCAAUUAUUCAAGCUUAACCCGAUGACCAGCACUAAAGAAACAGCGGCUAAAAAAGCCUUUGCGAUGACGUUAAUUGCCUUCAUUUUAUUUAUACUGAUCGGGAUCCAUUCUUUUCAAUUGAGUCCGAGAGCAACAGAGCCUAACAGCUGGAUUCACAAACCAGAAACUCCCACAGUCUACAUCACUCAGUACCAAAACAACCCAAGUGGCAGAAAAAACACAACAGAGAAGAAUAUUCUAGAUGGUUGUUACCACGUGUAUUUAGAUGUAGGGUCGAAUAUUGGCGUACAAAUUCGAAAGUUAUACGAGCCAAAAUUGUACGUGGGUGCCAGCAUCCUGCCUAUUUUCGAUGAUUACUUCGGCGAUGUAGAGGAACGAUUGAAUCUGAACAAAACCAUUUCUGACGGAUGGACAGUGUGCGCAGUUGGCUUUGAACCGAACUCUCAUCAUUCAGAAUAUCUGAAGCAAAUCGAAUCAUCGUAUCAGAAAUGCGGCUGGAAAGUUAAAAUGAUGACUGAGACUGCAGUUUCUGACCGAAAUGGGAUAACAAAGUUUUACUCUGAUAUGGCAUUUCAAAAUUUGGAAUGGGGAGGGGGCGUUUUACCUCCUGGAGUAAUAAAUAUAGCUCAGCCAGCUAGCUCCGAAUACAAAAACGUGUCUCUUAUUCGGUUGAGUGAGUUUAUUCGCGACGUCGUCGGAACUCGAAGACUUCCGAGUAACGCCGGAGGCUCGAAACCUCCGAGAGUUGUUAUGAAAAUGGAUAUUGAAGGCUCCGAAGUCGACGUUAUGAACGAUUUAAUUUUCAGUGGUGCUUUACAGCAUAUUAACUUAGCUGCAGUUGAAUGGCAUGGUCGAUUGCAGCAAUUAUCUGAACGAAAGAGUGUGUCCAAUCGGCUGCAACAAGCUCUUCAGCUGUUAAGUUCAGUUUCAGAGGUUAUGAGAUAUUCAGGCCGCCAUUUUGCCUUCAAAGUGCUUGACUUAGAUGAUGAAUCUUUCUGGGGCUCUAGAUUCGAGAUGCCCAAGUGCUAAUCGGCUUAACAUAUAAAUUUAUUGAUUUCGUUAAAAUAAAUGCAAGUUUUAAUUUUUGUACCGUUUCUCACA